AGACGGACAAGCACUGACGUAGCCUGCCAUGUACUCUCUGAUGCGCUCCACACACCCACCAAAUAAACACGCCUGUCACCGCUAAAGCUGUCGUCACUCUUCGCUAAGCUGCCCCCCUUUGCGAUCGGUUGGCCGCUAACGCGUGCACAGCCAGGUGGCCCCCGUCAUGGCGGCUGGCGCAUGUUUUUUCUUUCAUUCAGCUACGGAGCACGAGAGGAAAAACCUAAAAAACGACGGAAACAAAAAAAAAAACACGCAGCGAGCUCUUAUAUCUCCCACCAAGCCCCUCUCUUCUCUUCUCUUCCCUCCCCUACUGUGUCUAUCCUCAAGUCUGCUCUUUACACACUGCAUCCUCGUCGUUGUCCUUGACGCUACGCUCUAUAUCACAACAACAGCCAAGCCUCCCUGUGUUCACCCUUCCAUCUAUCACAAUUCAUGAAGACACGCACCGCUACCUCGGCAGAUGUGCCCCGCAUUGCAGCCAUAAUCUUGGCCGCCGUGGCCGCCGAGGAGCCUUGGAGAGCUUACAUCCCAGCAGCUGCUCGCCAGAAUGGCACCUACACUGCGGCCGUGGAGAGACUUGUCAAGGGAUAUGUAGAGGCAUCUGAAAACGAAUGGACUGUUGAAGUUGUCGAAACUGGCAAGUCAGAUGCCCAAGGCAACCCGAUAAUCGCGUCCGUUGCCAUCUGGGAUAUGCGCGCUGCGCCGCCACCAGCUAGACGUGGUAGCAGUCUCGUCAGCAACAGAAGCAGUCAAGAAGUGGAUGCGGCUAAAGCGGCAGCCAAAGCACCGGCUUGGUCCGACGAUUGGGCAAUCGACCCCGAAAACGACCGCUUACAGUCCCUGAAUAACGCCUUUGCCCAGGGUAAACAGCAGUUCUUUGCAGGCGGAGGACCGCAGAUCGUCCUGCGACUCUUGGCCACGGCUCCCAAUUGCCAGCGCAAUGGGUACGCCAAGGCCCUCUGUAAGUCUGGGCUUGAGAUCGGCUGGCGGAGACAGGCCGCCGUGUGCCUACAAACUGGCGUGCGAGGAUACAUUGCGCUCUCGGCCAUGGGAUUUUCUGAAGUUGGCGCCGUGACUAUUCCUGCUAUACCGGGCCAAGAGGAACAGGUGCUAAAGGCGCUUAAAAUGGAUGUUGCCAAGGCGCAAGAGAGCCACCCCAGCUUCAUGACAUCCUUUUGGAACUAUGUCCGCAACUAACACGCUUGCGGUACUGACCCUCGCCCGGUAUUGGCAUAUCUGGCUGGCACACCACGGUCUUUUCGAUUUAUCGAUUUUGUUUCGGCGUUUUAUGAUGUAGUUAUGUGUUUAUCUUAUGUGUACGAGUACUACUUUUAUCCUAUGUACUCCAUCAUAUUGUAAUAUAUGGUGUAUACUUUCCAGUUUUCUGGCCGGCUGUGUUACUGAUAGUCUUGACGUGGAAAGGUUCUAACGUCUCGAGCACUUCUUUAGAUACGAGGCUCAAUUGCUGCAAGAUUUCAGGAAGAGCGCAGUACAAUGCGUCCAGGUCGCCGCUUUCAACCUUGACGGCGAUUCCAAUAGCGCCUGUCGCACCCAAGGCUUUGGUAGCUUCCGAUCCACGCAUGCCGAUGCCAUAACACGCAGCAGCGCCGAUUUUACCAAUUGCCUGUCCUUUGCAUGCUCGCAUGAAUAUCGAGCAAAAUCUCUCUUCGCCAGCAACAAGUUCAGGAUACGAUGUCAUGGCGUUGAAGAUUCGCGCCAUAUCCUUGGUCCGUUGCCCAAAAGGAGCAUCGUUACGAUCAACGAUAUCAGCUGCAUCAGCAAACAUGGCAAACGAUUUUGCCAGGCAUGAGAGCGGCAUAGCGGGUGUAGCCAUAUUACAACCGUCCACACCCCAUUUGACCUGGUCUUCGUCCAACCCCGCCGCAUAGGCCAUGAUUUCCUGGAUUCUCUUUUGGAUAGGAUGUUGGAACUCGUGGUACUGGUCGGUACUUUCUCCAAUGGCCCUUGUUGCGGCUAGCAUACCACUAUGCUUGCCAGAACAGUUGCUGAAGACAGCAGUUGGCGUUAUACCGUCUUGCGCCCAUGCCUUGUUAAUCUGCGGCAAGAUGGACGGGUGGCCGCCACAAGCCAAGUCGCUCUCCUGAUUACCGGCCUUCUCCAAAAUAGCUCGGGCCCUAUCAACAUGUCGUGCCUCACUGUUAUGAGAGGCGCACGACAGAGCAAGGUCAGCUUCAUCUAGCCCGUACUUGUCCAUAGCCCCGGACUCCACGAUGGCCAGUGCCUGCAUAGGCUUCGCUGCUGAACGAAUCAAUGUCAGUCUGUCAUAGUCUCCGAUGCUUCGGAUGAGUUUCCCAGUAGCGUCAGUAAUGGCAACGUGAAUCUCAUGUCGGUCUUCCACAAUUCCAUUCCUGUUCGUUAUGACAUAUUGAAUAUCCCGUGACGGUAAGAGUUUCGGGAUCGGCGUUGGCGGCGCUUGAGCUGCAUGAGCGUCAUCAUGCACUGGUCCCGGCAUGGCGUCUGCGUAAGAUAUAAAAAGACCGCUGCGAAUUCGCUUUCUUGGGGGCUCACGAAAAUUCAGACUCUUGGUAAACUGUUUCAAGAUGAAUUUUAGGAAGUGCAGUCUAACAGUCUGACUCCAUAACCCCGUGGGGGUCACCUAGGCCGAACUCGCUGUGUUGGCCCCAUUAAGAAGGUCACGGCAUUGUAAAGGCGGUCGGUUAGUCGGUCCGUCGGCUGGUGGCUUAUAUAUCAAAAUGAGCCGUUUGCUGUCAUUUUUAGAAAGAAGAAAUGGCAAUAGCAGUGAAAAAAGCACAUUCCAAACAUGAAAUUGUAUUUAUAUGUGCGAGUUUCUAUGUACAGUAGAGAUACAAAGCAGCGCGGUCGCUGACGCUGCUUAAUGGGUGAUGCGGAGCUGAGAGAAGUGGACUUCAGAGGCCUUGGUGCCCUGGUUGUAGUUGCCGGCUUUGAAGUAGCUCUUGGGGUUGUUGAGCUUGUGUGUGCUGAACUGCUUGAAGUUGGCGCCGUUGAUGCUGACGGAGAGAUUGCCGUGUUCGUAGCGAAUCUCGUAGGUGAACUUGGAGUUGGCACCGACCUUGCCGGCAGGCUCACGCUUCUGGGUGCAGUCGUUGGUGGCACACUCCUGUACGCCAAAGUUGAGGUCGCCGGUGUGGCUCAGGUAGAGCUCAGCAACAGGCUUGUGGGAGACGGAGUCGUCGACGUGGAUCUGGCCCACGCAGAUCUCGCCCUCGUUCUUGGUGACCUGAACCUCGGCAAAGAGGCGGUUGGCGCUGGCAGAGGGGCUCCAGGAGCCGUUCUCGCGAAGCUCGCUGCGGCAGUGCUUGCUGUUCUGAGUAGUGACGCACUUGCUGGACUCGGGGACCUUCAUAACCAUGGUGCCAUCGUUGCUGUCGGUCUUGAACCACUCAUCACUGUAGCCCUUGCAGCCUUUGAGCUUGUCGCCACCGACCUGCUUAGGGUGCUUGUCCUCGCCAACGGGCUCCUGCAGGGUGAACUUGGUCAGGUCGAAGUUGCCGCCAGGCGCGCACUUGGCAUCAAGGGCGUAGCCCAGAGCGGCUGAAGACAGAACAAUGGCGGAUGAGAAACGCAUGUUGAUGGAUGUGAGAGAGGUAUGUAUUGGAUACAAAGGUGAAAAGUAAGGAAGGAGACGAUCGUUGGUAUCAAUGGGGAUGGGCUGUAGGACAGAUGACUGAGGAGGGUGAGCUUCACAGACUUAUAUAGAGAGCGUACACGAACGAUGGGAACCUCGACGGCCGAUCAGCCGCGGACAGCCAUACGAGCGAACCAUACAGGGCCAAAGACAAUAUCGGCAUUGACGCAGCCCUGGAUGUAGCCGUAACAAUGGGCCAGAACCAUGCGCGGCUUACACCAAUGACAGAGUCUGGAGCUCCCCGGCCCUCCAUUAUGCGCUAGUGGCUGUAAGCGCUGAUGCGGCUGGCGGUGCGUGGCUCUGGGCGAUCGUCAGGCUACCCCGUGGGCUGCCAGCCAUGGCUUGCCGAACUAUAGGUAAGCUCUACAUAACGGAUCGAAGUUGAAUGGUGGCCAUCGUUGGGCUGUCGUGAUAAAAGGGCAUAGUUAUUCUGUAUACAGUCUUUAGAACUCCCGGUUUUCAAUCAACAUUCGCAGACAUGAUUCACAAAACAAACCACAUGCUCCUUUCGUAUCCUACGCAUUACUCGCCGUAAAUGAGAGGCCACGGGGGACGAUCGCGGAUGGGUUGAGC